CCCAGCCCGUCUCGGCUGGCGGCGGGGCCGGAGCCCGUGGGGAGGCAUGGCGUCCAACCUGCUCGGCUUCUAUCCCCCCCUCCCCGAAGACUUAGCACGAUGCCUGGCACAGAAUUUCAGAUUGUAACCUGUUUCCUGAUCCAUUGCGGAUGUUCAAUGAUCCAUGUCGGAAGUACUUCCAGUUGAAUCCGUCGUGGCCUCGUUGCCGGGGUUUAUGGCCAGCAGCGGCCCCACAGAUGUGGCAAAUCGAAAUAGUUUGGCUUCCCCUCCAAAUACCCUCAGCCUUCGUACCUCCCAUAAUGAACAGCUGAAUGCCGAAAUCAAACAUCCACAAACCAAGAACACCACCCCCCCCAAAUGCAGGAAAAAAUAUGCACUGACUAAUAUUCAGUCAGCCAUGGGCCUCUCGGAUCCGGCUGCGCAGCCCCUCCUGGGCAACCACUCCGCCAACAUCAAGCUGGUGAAGAAUGGUGAGAACCAGCUCAGGAAAGCUGCCGAACAGGGCCAACAGGAUCCUAACAAAAACAUUUCCCCCAUUGCUGUCAUCAACCAAACUUCUGAGAAGUUAGAGAGUAAAGAGUCAAACUCCCAGAAUUCCUCAGCCUGCGAAAUAUUGCCAUCCCAGGCCAGAAGAACAAAGAGCUUCCUAAAUUACUAUGCAGAUCUGGAAACUUCAGCUCGAGAAUUCGAACAAGGUCAAGGUCACAGUCACGUAGCGAAUGAGAGCCACGCCUCCCCCGUCAUUGGCGAUGCGCCGUCACCACCGACACUGAGGAAGAGCCAGCCGAGUCCGGAAGACGGCUUAGUAGCCGCAGGGUCAGCCAGUCCGGAGACCAAAAAGGACCAUCCUAAAACGGGGGCAAAGACUGAUUGUGCUCUCCAUCGGAUUCAACACUUGGUGCCAAGCGAUGAGGAGUCCAGCUGGACAACUCUUUCCCAGGACAGUGCCUCCAAUUCUCCAGAUGAAGCAGCAGACAAAUGGAGUAAUCACUCCUUCCAGACUGACUCGGAUUUGCCACCUGGCUGGAAGAGGAUCAGCGAUAUCGCUGGGUUCUAUUACUGGCACAUCCCAACAGGAACGACCCAGUGGGAGCGUCCCGACUGUAUCACUGCCGGACUUCAGGGCUCCAGGAAAGGAUCACUUAGUUCUGCGACUCCGUCUCCCACGCCAGAGAAUGAGAAACAGCCAUGGAGUGAUUUUGCUGUUCUGAAUGGGGGAAAGAUUAAUAGUGACAUUUGGAAGGAUCUGCAUGCAGCCACCGUCAAUCCUGACCCUAGUUUAAAAGAAUUUGAAGGAGCAACAUUACGUUAUGCUUCUUUGAAACUCAGAAAUGCUCCUCAAGUUGAUGAUGAUGACUCUUCUAGUAUCAACAGUGAUCCAGAAGCCAAGUGCUUCGCCGUGCGCCCUCUGGGAUGGGUUGAAAUGGCAGAAGAAGAUCUUGCCCCUGGUAAAAGCAGUGUUGCCGUCAAUAAUUGCAUCAGACAGCUUUCCUACUGCAAAAAUGAUAUCCGGGACACUGUGGGCCUCUGGGGUGAGGGAAAAGACAUGUACCUGAUCCUAGAGAACGACCUGCUCACGCUGGUUGAUCCCGUGGCUCACAGCGUCCUUCACUCUCAGCCCAUUGUGAGCAUCCGCGUCUGGGGAGUGGGCCGCGACAAUGGCCGAGAGAGAGAUUUUGCUUACGUAGCAAGAGAUAAAGACACGAGGAUUUUGAAAUGUCAUGUGUUUCGAUGUGACACCCCGGCAAAAGCCAUCGCCACCAACCUCCAUGCCAUCUGCUCUAAGAUUAUGGCCGAGAGGAAGAAUGCUAAAGCCCUGGCUUGCAAUUCAUUUCAAGAACAGACCAAUGUGAACCUUGACAUUCCUUUGCAAGUAGAUUUCCCAACACCAAAGUCCGAAUUGGUACAGAAGUUCCACGUUCAAUACCUGGGCAUGUUACCUGUAGAAAAACCAGUAGGUAUGGACACCUUGAACAGCGCCAUAGAGAGUCUCCUGACUUCCUCGACCCAGGCCGACUGGCUCCCGGUAACCAUGAAUGUCGCCGAUGCCACUGUGACGGUCAUCAGCGAAAAGGAUGAAGAGGAGAUUCUGGUCGAGUGUCGCGUCCGGUUCCUGUCCUUCAUGGGGGUUGGCAAGGACAUCCAUGCGUUCGCCUUUAUCAUGGACACAGGGAACCAACAUUUUGAGUGCCACAUUUUCUGGUGUGAGCCUAAUGCUGGCCACGUGUCCGAAGCCGUGCAGGCUGCUUGUAUGCUCCGGUACCAGAAAUGUCUGGUAGCCAGACCUCCUUCGCAGAAAGUUCAACCACCUCCUCCUCCUCCAGAAGACUCAGUGACCAGAAGAGUCACAACCAAUGUAAAAAGAGGAGUCUUAUCCCUCUUUGACACUUUGAAACAGAAACGUCCUGUCCCUGAAAUGCCAUAGCUGCAUUUGAUAGUUAUUCUUGGAGCCCUCGAUAGAAGAUUUCGAAGCUACGCUCAAGAAAAUGACCGCUACCCUUCCUUCAGAGAAUCUAUCCCAAUCCAAACGGUGUGCAACAAGCAUGUCCUCUCCUUGUUACCAUUGUGUGAGAUGAAAGGAAGCAUGAAUUGGGUUGUUGGGUAUUUUGCAUUCAGUGGAGCUACAUCCCGAGUAGUCUGUUUCUCUGUUUGUUUCUUUUUUUUAAUACACCUGAGUCAUGUUCCCAUAACGUGUACACACAAACAGAUGGCUAGGCAGUGAACUAAUGUUAAGUCCUGAGUGAAUGAUUUCUGAGCUCUUACUUUCACCAUCUUCUUGAGCGGGCAAGAUUUAUCACAAAAAGCCUUCGCACUCCAAAAACCGUGUUCCCGAUCCUGGAGUAGCUACUGGUGUUUUCGUUAAUUGUGAAUGAGUGUUAUAAGUCGGACUCCCGGGUUUUACUUUUUACACAGAUGCUCAGUAGGUGACAGAAUGAUCUGUUGGCAUUUGUCAAGAAACCACCUCUCGUGCUUUUGAACUACCUAGAUCAGUUUAUAUCUGUUACUUUUGCUGGAUCAUGGCAAUAGGGAAAAAUAGAAAUUUGAAGAUUGUUGAAAUGGCAAACAAAUCACGGAUUGUCUGCUGUGAAUAGGUAGUGGCUCGUAUUCCUGGAAGCAGGGGAUUGGACCAGAUGAUCUUUCCAGGGCCCUUUCAGCUCUGGGGCUGGGGAGAUUGCGGAGGGAUGGGGGGCUGUCAAUAAAUACAUUUGAGCUUAUUUAUCUUAGAUAAUUCCACCAAAUGGUGACCGAACAAAAAAUCUCAAGAAUGUGGGUUCUCAGCCUCAAAUGUGAUACUAAUGGAGGGAUGUAACCCAAAGCUUUGCCUUACUUUAUACAAUGCAGCUAGAAAAUUGGCUAUUUUGUUGGAUCGCUCGCUUCAGAAUCAGAUUGAAAGAGAACCUGACACUCGCUCGGAUCCUUACAGUUAAUACUGCUCUAAUAUGCAAGUUGGAGUGGGAAAAAUAGCCAUCACACUUUUGUAGACCAAACAUAAUUAAGACUUAAGCACAUAUGAAAUUUAUCUUUGUUAACCACCUCUUAGUGGCUUGAAAUGCAUUGACUUUAUUGAUGUUCUUUUGGGAUCUGUCUUGCAGUUUGGAUACUCGAAACAUUCCUGGCAGUCGUUUCAGUCCUUAUUUAUUCCAGGCAACCAGCAACAAUCAGGACUUUUUCAAACCCCAGAUUCCGUUAGUCACUAGUAUUGGUUUCGUGCUGAUCUCUCUCCUGGUUCUCUCUUUCCACCUUAUUUUAAAUAGGUUGGAAAGAGCCAGGAUUCAUAGAUUGUAAUUCCAUUAACUUCCCACCAGUGUAGCAUUUUUCUCCCCAGUCUUUCUCCUUAGAUGGCAAUCCCACCUGAAGUAUGAAAAACUAGAAACUGCCUGAUGCUGUUUUCUUGAAAAAGGUAACCAGGCCCCCAUUUUGGAGAUAUUAAUCGCUACAACACCCUGUGCAUUUUCACUGUAAUUAUUCAAAAUAUUUCAAGCCAUCAGAAAGAGUGGGUCAAAAGUUUAAAAGUACACGCAUGGAACAUAAAGAGCCGCUACUGUCUAGCAAUUUUAGAGUUGUAGACAAGCAAAAGAAUCGCUGUUUCGUGGGCCUUUAGUACUCGGGCUAUGACAUCUAUCCAAGAGAUCGGAUUAAUGUUGUCCACUCGCAAAGGGGAAUCUGAAGAGUGCAUGUAUGAACCUGCUGCAAGGCGGAAGCUAAUGUCAUGGCUGUUAGUCUGCCAUUGUGAUUUGCAGGUCAUACCUGAAAAUUUCUUCUAAAAUUGGAACUCGGUGGUCUUGGAUUCACCACAAGAAGGUGAAUACCUCUCUCCUCUGUUCUGCCUGCGUGGGGCCCCGGGCCUUUCUCUUUGCUCCUCUGCUCUCCAUGUGAGAGGCUCUAAGGGCCACCCUCAAUCAUCUGGAAAAGCAUUGCCUGCAAUGAAAGACUAAAUUUACAAUGGGGAGACCAGAGCGUUUGAAAUUAUCAGUUUAAAAGUCUUUCUGGGUUUCUGCCUAGCUACUUUUCCUCAGUUCAGUAGAUUUUAUCAAAUGAGCAGUGUUGGUAUAGAAAUUUCAUUUUAACUGCUGCCCUACUUCCCUUUGCCUUUUAAGCUCCAGUUGUUUGUGGGCAAGAUUGAGAACACUGAACACUAAGCAGACUAAAAUGCAUUGGAAAGGCAAGGGAGGGACAUUUACAUUUGGAAAAUGAGUGAUUUGGGCUAAAAUUAGCUCUGCGUCAACUGUGAAACUUGAGAAUCCAAUAUUUGUUCUCCUUUUUACUUAGACUGUGAGCCCUAUGUGGGACAGGGACUGUGUCCAACCUGAUUAACUUAGAACAGUGCUUGAUACAUAGUAAGUGCUUAAGUUCCAUAGAAAUUAUUACCUGAAUAUUAAUGAUUUGGAAAAUUAAUGAUUUUAAACAGUAUGUUGACACUUUCUGCCAUGGCCCCAGAUAGUAUGCACGGGGAGAGAGAAGGGGAAGCGAAGAUGGAAAAUGCCAGUCCCCCCCCCCCCCCGCCCAAGGGUGACAUUUCAGUUAACUAUGCAUUCUUUAUAUCUCUCUCCUGACCCUCUCAACAAGCGUUCAUGUUAGUUACAUAUAUCUCUUAAUUUCGAAUUAAUCUGUUUAAUACAGCUUGCUUUUUAUUUAUUCCAUUUAACUAAAAUAUCUGGUAUGUUGAUAUAUUAUCUUUCCUAGAUAUUAUUUCACGAGGUAAACCAUAUUAAAUAUUCUCCAUGUAUUAUA